UUUGAGGAAAAGAAAUAUGAUAUUAAUCAGUAUGCACUUAUCGAUAGUGGACAAUUACUUGUUGAUUUUACCUCAGCACUAACAAAACAAACAUCUUGUGAAUAUCAAAUUAUUGACAGAUUAUCGUUACUAAAUAUUUAUUUUCAUUAUCAGUCGAAGUUAUAUAGUUAUACAGCUAAAGAUGAUACGGAUAUAUUGACAAUUGUCGAGCGAUUGAUCGCUGAUAACAGUACUUUAACAACAACAGCAUUUUGUUUAAUUGAUACGUUACGACAAAUUAUAGAUUGUAGAUCAAUCGGUGAAAUUUAUCGAAUCAAAAAUGAUACUGUCGAUAUAGAAAUAAUGGAUGUAACAGCUGAAAGUCUUUGUCAAAUAAAAGUCGCAUCAAAGCAAGGUAAAGAAAGUUCAUUCAUUUUUCCUGUAAAUAAACAUCCU